AUGACUAAGGCAAUAGAGAAUCCGAGUGAUACGGAAUCAAUCGAUGAGAGCGAUCAGUUGUCACAAGAUGGGAGUGAACGUCAAAAAGAAGCUAAUCAGCAGAAAACUCAAGUCCCGGAACAAGUGAGCGAAGAGGAAUACUGGAAUCGUUGGAUCAAUUGGGGACGCGAGGAAAAUGAAACUACGACUCCAGAGAAACAACAAGUUCCAAAUGAUCUGACCCCAGAGCUUCAUUCCUCAACAUCCUCUGUCGUCCAGGCUCCUUCGGCACACCAGCAACCAGUUCAAAUCCCUUGUCAGAUCUCAAAACCUGGAUCUAAUCUCUCAGGAAAAUCAACCUCCAAUCUCCUGAACAUACCGGAGAAAACUUUGGUGGAUGAGUCGAUAAAAAAUUCGAUUCAAGGACAGAUGAGUGGUGGGAACGCGCCUCUUGCAAUUUCAUUAACAACACAAAAGGGAGCAGAGAUGCAGUUGAGUCAGCCAGCCUUUCAUCCACAGAAAGUACAGCAACCAGUAGUGUCGCAGCAGCCGGUUGUUCAGAAGCCAAUCCAGCAGCAACAUGAAAAGCCGCGACCAGUGUCAAUUGAAUUACAAAAGGUAGACUUUCCGCCUCCAAGUACGACUACUGCUCUUGGAACGGCGACAACUACUUCUGAAGUCACACGUCCACGAGCAUCUCCGGCUCCUGAGAAUCUGAAAGUUUCUGCGCCAGCUCCAAUCGCUCCAACAACCACCACUGCUAAUACCUCAGCUUCAUCAGUUGUGACAAGACGAUCCACCGAGACCAUCACCAUGUCUGAAGAAAAUCGUCGAUCUAGAAUAAUGCAAGACGUUGCAUCAACACUUCCAUCUCCCGGUGCUUCACUUUGUGGAUCGAAUUCUACUUCGGCUUCGCCAACCACUACAGCACAAACUUAUGUGAAAGAUCUAUCAGUGGUCGCUCGUGUGAAGCUGUCUCAGGCUCAGCCGACAAUGCCUCCAAAGAAUACGUCGGAGCCGAUCCUCUCACCGGAAGUUCUUCAGCCAACCCCAUUGCCAAGUGCUGCAUCUGCACCGAAGCCAGUGUCGCAGCCAAUUCCAGCUCACAGACCACUGGAAAAUCCAUCUCCACCAGUUUUUCAAACCCGGCUGGCCGAGAAGAAACAAGCUAACCCACUUGUUCAGAGCUUCAAAGUCCCUCCCUUAAACAUCACCAAGUCAGGCAUGUACACAUAUCUGAACAGCUAUCCAAAUUACGGGAAUGGUUACCAACCGUAUGGUUAUGGAAUGAAUUUUAAUCCAUGUCACUCAGGAAUACAAGGAUACAAUACAUACGCCAGUGGGAUGGGACCACUGGCUCUGACGAACCAAACAGUCAAUUCAUCGCCAGAAAUAGUUCUUUCGGAGAAUCGCUUCUCAGGGUCAGCUCAACCACAGGACGAGUCCGCUAUCAACCAAUUUCUUGAAUCACAACAUUGCCAAGCAGCGUUUUGCAUGAAUCCAGCACAAACUGCUUCAGUGCUCUUUCCAUAUGCUCCCUCCUCUGCCUACAAUAAUCUGUCUGGAUCUGAAAAAUGCGACGCCCUGAUUGCUGAAUGCAAGAAGAACACAAAACUGGCGAACAAGAUCAUUGAUCUUGUGAAAACGUAUUUUCUGUUACUGGACGUGAAAGGCGAUUACCAACAAGAGAUCCAAAGCCGUCAAAAAGAUCUGGAAUCUAUCAUCCAAUUUUUAAGACAAUGA